CGAGUAAUUCAUUCUUAGCCUCCCCCUCCCUCUCUUUACAUAUAUAUAUACACACAUAUACAUAUGUGUGUAAACAAAAUUUCUCUUAAUCUAAAUCCAGCUUUCAGUGUUCUUCUAAAGAUGACUGGUGUUCAACAAGAAGGUGAUGAUCAAAGUGUGAGCCUCCAUCUCCUUAAGCAAAAAAUGGCUGAUUUUGCCAAAGAAAGGAACUGGGAUCAGUUCCAUAGCCCCAGAAACCUCCUUUUGGCCAUGGUAGGUGAAGUAGGGGAACUCUCUGAGAUAUUUCAAUGGAAAGGUGAGGUUCCUAAAGGGUUGCCCGAUUGGAAAGAAGAUGAAAAAGUUCACCUCGGUGAAGAGCUUUCCGAUGUGCUACUUUACCUCGUUAGGCUAUCUGAUAUUUGUGGCAUUGAUUUGGGGAAAGCUGCUUUGCGUAAAGUUGAACUUAAUGCUAUCAAGUAUCGGGCCUCGAAGAACUACGGCACCAACGACGACAGCACUGCGGAGAUGUGUGGUUGAUGAUGGUGAAACACCCAUGGUUUUAAUAAUAUGUUUGUGAUGUUUACUUUGUUGGUUGAUUCUUCAGGGUUUUGGGGUUACUUUUGCAUGGGGGACUGGUAGUAGUGUGGGUAGGCAUGUUUGGUAUUUAUUCCUAUAUUGAUUUCUUUUGUCACUGUUUUCGAAUCCAAUCCUUGUGAGAGAUAAUUUAUAAGAAACGAUUAAAGUAGACUGUUUCUUGGUUACACAGGGUAACGUACAAAUAUAUUCGAUUAAUGAUAAAUUUAUAUGUUAACCGGAUGCUUAAAGUUGUAAAUAGUGAUAGAUUUGGUCAAAGAAUUGAAACCAGCAAUGAAUCUUCUAUAGGGCAAAAUAUUGAUAAUCUUUAUUAUGAAGUUUGCUUGGAAUACAUUGAUUUACCCACUGUAUUGGGUUGUGAUUAAA